CACACGCCUUGUUCAACUGCAAUCUUUUUUCGUUGUUCUCUUUUCCUACCAACCCGCAUUAUCUGCACGCUCUCUCCUCACCGCACGAGGUAGCCCGCUCCCCAAGUAACCUUUCAAUCGUUCAUCACCGCUCGUCAUACAUAACCGCCAACAUGUUUAUGGCCUCGAGAAUCCAGACCCGCGCCUUCUCGGCGUCGGCCCGCAACCUCUCCAAGGUCACCGUCCUCGGCGCUGCCGGCGGCAUUGGCCAGCCGUUGUCCCUCCUCCUUAAGCUCAACCCCAGAGUCAGCGAGCUUGCUCUCUACGAUAUCCGCGGAGCCCCUGGUGUUGCCGCCGAUGUGUCGCACGUCAACACCAAGUCGACUGUCACGGGCUACGACCCCACGCCCUCCGGGCUGGCCAGCGCGCUCAAGGGCUCGGACGUGGUUCUGAUCCCUGCGGGCGUACCGCGCAAGCCCGGCAUGACACGCGACGACCUGUUCAACACCAACGCGUCCAUCGUGCGGGACCUGGCCAAGGCGUGCGCAGAGUCGUGCCCCGAAGCCAACAUCCUGGUCAUCGCCAACCCGGUCAACUCGACCGUCCCCAUCGUGGCCGAGAUCUUCAAGGCGCGCGGCGUGUACAACCCCAAGCGGCUGUUCGGCGUGACGACGCUCGACGUGGUGCGCGCGUCUCGCUUCGUCAGCGAGAAGAAGGACACGGACCCGGUCGACGAGAACAUCACGGUCGUCGGCGGCCACAGCGGCGUGACCAUCGUGCCGCUGUUCAGCCAGAGCAGCCACCCGGAGCUGUCGGCGGACGGCGACCUGGUGCACCGUGUGCAGUUUGGCGGUGACGAGGUGGUCAAGGCCAAGGACGGCGCUGGCUCGGCGACACUCAGCAUGGCCAUGGCGGGCGCGCGCAUGGCCGAGAGCGUGCUGCGGGCGGCGCAGGGCGAGAAGGGCGUGAUUGAGCCCACGUUUGUCGACAGCCCGCUGUACAAGGACCAGGGCAUCGACUUCUUCAGCAGCAAGGUUGAGCUGGGCCCUAACGGCGUCGAGAAGAUCUUGCCCCUCGGCAAGGUCGACGCUGCCGAAGAGGCCCUUCUUGAGGCCUGCUUCGUUGACCUCAAGAAGAACAUUGAGAAGGGCGUGGCCUUUGUCGCCUCCAACCCCGGCAAAUAAGCGCGUCACCCCCGUGGCCAAUACCAACCCCCUAAAACAAACUCGAGCCAAAUUCAUUAACCUCGUGCGGACGAGUCUCACCCAAGAGCGAAAGGCUAUCUGGUGUGCGUGUGAGUGUGUGCGUAUUUGUAUGCGUCCGAGUGCUGAGAAGCAGGGAGCGACUCUGUAUCAAAGCGGACAAGUACGAUAGGAAAAGAGUGGAAGAAGAGAGGUUACCCGAUCGGUGUGUGCUGAAACCCAAAGCACAUGCUUGGAAUCAGGUAGAGAGAGGAGAUCUCGGUGGUGGAUCCGGAGUAGACUUGCUGCUUUUUUUCCACCUUUUUUUACGUGAAAAAGAAAAACAAAGCAUUAGAGGCACCUGGUGGCUGUAUCAUACUUUAGUUUCCCAACAGCUCCAUUAGUGUAUUCGAAUUCAUCGCACGUUUAAGCCAGAU